UGAAACCAGAAGCUGGCAAACUCAGAACUGGCAAAAGGAAACCCUUUUUUGCUCACUGAACCAUUAGCCUGUGGAACUCAUUGCUACUGGAUAUUUUGAGACAGCCUGCAAACACGCCCAGGACUUCCCAAGCACCACACUCUGCUCCUGCUUCCCUGAGCCUGGAAAAGUGCAGCCACCUCCAGAGGAAUUUCCACGCUUCGGGACGGCGAUGAUGCCUCAGUGAUCUCCCUGCUCCAAAACUAGGCCUCGCUUGACUUUCCUUCCAGGGAAGAUUGUUCCCCUUGUGACCCUGCUGAGGAAAGAGACUCCGAUGGACUUACACCGGGCAGCCUUCAAGAUGGAAAACUCAUCCUAUCUUCCCAACCCGCUGGCAUCUCCGGCCCUGAUGGUUCUCGCCUCCACUGCUGAAGCCAGCCGGGACGCUUCCAUCCCCUGUCAGCAGCCAAGACCCUUCGGAGUCCCGGUAUCAGUGGAUAAGGACGUGCAUAUCCCCUUUACCAAUGGCUCGUAUACUUUUGCCUCCAUGUAUCACCGGCAAGGUGGGGUGCCAGGGGCAUUCGCGAACCGUGACUUUCCCCCAUCCUUGCUGCACCUCCACCCCCAGUUUGCACCCCCCAACUUGGACUGCACGCCAAUAAGUAUGUUGAACCACAGCGGCGUUGGGGCUUUCCGCCCCUUUGCCUCCACUGAAGACAGGGAGAGCUAUCAGUCGGCCUUUACGCCGGCCAAACGCCUGAAAAACUGCCAUGACACGGACUCACCCCACCUGCGCUUCUCGGACGCUGAUGGCAAGGAGUAUGAGUUUGGAACCCAGCUCCCUUCCAGCUCCCCUGGCUCACUCAAACUCGAUGACACAGGGAAAAAGAUCUUUGCGGUCUCCGGCCUCAUUUCUGACCGGGAGACCUCGUCCAGUCCCGAAGACCGAAACGACAGAUAUAGAAGCGACAGCCAAAGAGGGCCACAAGCGUCUGCGACCACCACCCACCGUAUGGUUUUAACUCUGCCCCUCUGCAAGAAGAAAGCAACCUUGUUUGACAGCCAGGCUCCGAUCUGCCCCAUCUGCCAGGUCCUUCUGCGCCCCGGCGAGCUGCAGGAGCACAUGGAGCAGGAGCUGGAGAAACUCACUCAGCUGAACGUCAGUAAGAACUCCAUACUGAAGGAUUCCAUGGCACCUGGCACCCCCAAGUCAAUUUUGUUGUCAGCCUCAAUCAAGCGGGAAGGAGACUCUCGGACAGCAUCGCCUCACUCCUCAGAUGAUAUCCAUCACUCAGACAGAUACCAGACCUUCCUGAGAGUGAGAGCGAACAGGCAGACCAGGCUGAAUGCUCGGAUUGGGAAAAUGAAACGGAGGAAGCAAGACGAAGGGCAGGUAUGUCCCCUCUGCAGCCGGCCUCUGUCGGGAUCCGAGGAGGAGAUGAGUAGACAUGUGGAACAAUGCCUUGCAAAGAGAGAAGGCUCGUGCAUGACCGAGGAUGACUCCGUGGACAUCGAGAACGAGAAUGGCAAUCGCUUCGAGGAAUACGAGUGGUGUGGGCAGAAGAGGAUACGUGCCACCACCCUCCUGGAGGGGGGAUUCCGAGGCUCCGGAUUCAUUAUGUGCAGUGGCAAGGAGAAUCCGGAUAGCGACGCUGAUCUCGACGUGGAUGGAGAUGACACACUGGAAUACGGGAAACCACAGUACACAGAGGCAGAUAUCAUCCCUUGCACCGGGGAAGAGCCGGGCGAAGCCAAAGAGCGGGAGGCACUCCGCGGUGCCGUCUUAAAUGGUGGCACGCCCAGUACCCGAAUAACGCCAGAGUUUUCCAAAUGGGCCAGCGAUGAAAUGCCCUCGACGAGUAAUGGGGAGAGCAGUAAACAGGAGGCUCUGCAAAAGACCUGUAAGAACAGUGACAUCGAAAAAAUUACAGAAGACUCUGCAGUGACAACAUUUGAAGCGUUAAAGGCUCGUGUCCGGGAGUUAGAAAGGCAGCUUUCCCGUGGAGACCGCUAUAAAUGUCUCAUUUGCAUGGACUCUUACACGAUGCCCCUGACUUCCAUUCAGUGCUGGCACGUGCACUGUGAAGAAUGCUGGCUGCGGACUCUGGGUGCUAAGAAGCUCUGCCCUCAGUGUAACACCAUCACAUCUCCCGGAGACCUCCGGCGCAUCUACUUAUGAAGGACGCAGCCGCAGGGCGGGACACAGCCAACCGGAUCAGCUCAUCACACCGCGGGGGGGAAAGAACCACGACAAACAAAGACGUUUCAAACAAAUCGACUCCAGACGUGGACUCGAGGAUAGAGGAGCCGCGGGGAAGCCUCAGCCUCCGUGUCUCUCGUGUUGGGACCUCCUCUGACAACUCUACAGCGAGCAAAACCAAACCCUUUUUUAAAAGCAGUGUUCCCCUCUCCCUAGAGCUGCUUUGCAUUGCGGCUGGCUUGUGAGUCCUCCUUUGGACUGUGCUGGUCACUCCUCCAACCCCAGAAGACUGGGAAGGGACCCUUGACAGAAAGAUGUUAAAUACCCUGUAACUUGUGUUCUUUGUUCAGUUUGGUUGGUUGGGCUUUUUGUUUUUGUUUUUUUUGGGUUUGUUUUAUUUUUUGUUGUUGUUUUUGGGUUUUUUUGGUGGUGUUCUAGUGAUUUAAAAAAAAAGUUUAAAGAAAAACACACAGGCAGAAAAUGAAGCACAUGUAAUAUAGAUUAUAUAUGUUUACAAUGUUGUGUAUAAAUGGGAUAGACACAAACAUUACAUACUAAUAAGUUGCCCUUUUUUUUGGUUGUAUUUUUUUUAAAGAAGAAAAAAAAUGAGCAGAGAACAUUAAACCCAUAUUUUUCUUGGUUCUGCAAAGUUUUGGCAUUAAAGUCAUUAGUUUAAAAAAAGUAUAUAUAUACAUAUCUAUAAUAUAAAUGGUUUAAUGUUCUGUGGUGUAUAUUUCCUCAGUCAGAUAUGAAGUUAACAGCUUUUUAGUAAUGGCUGUAGCAUCGCCCAUAACUUACAAGACUUAUGGGGAGUAGGGGAGAUGGGUUUUUGUCAUUAGUCGUAGCUAAUGGGGCUAUUUCUAAUAGAAUCUUUAUCCCACAGGAAGCCAGCGGGAAGGGCGGCGGUUGGAAAGGUCUGGCUCAGGCGCUGUCGCCGCUUUUCCCUAUGGGGCAGGGGCAGGAGUUGAGAUUAGAUAGGAGACAGGGAUGAAUAUUGCCAAGGGCAGCUGUCUCCAGUGGUUGGGAAUCUGCACUUCAAAGCUUCAGUUAACCCAGCCAUUGCCCACGAAAACCAAAGGCCAUGCCCCUGUCCAAGCAAACGUGUGCCACUGGCUUGGUUUGUUCCCACUGGAAAGGAGUUCCCUGCCCAAUGGCCCAGGGUGUUCUCUCUGCUCUGGAGCGCCGCCUCUGCCCACAGGAGAGGUGGGGCCGUGGCACAGGCUCAGGGCCAAGGCGUCCGUUUGUGUUCUCCCUUCUGGCUGAGACCGUUACGGGCUGAGCAGCAGGAGGUGACUACAGCGCGGGGAAGGAAGGUUCUUGCUCCAGGUUUUCUCUGGGGAGGCUGCUGUGCUGCUGCCUUUGCCAUCUCCGUCCAUCUUGCUCUCUUGUUCUGCCGCUUUGCCAGUGCUGGCCGGGAGAGGCGUCAGAAUUGCACUGACUUUCUGGUACGAGCUCUUUGCUAGAGUGGAAGGUUGCUUUAGAUCGCCGAUCUCUUCCGGAGCCUGCCUGAGCCGGGGUUCCUAGGACAUGGUGCACGUUCCUCCUCUUAAAACAAUGCAAAGUAACUUCCACCUCCAAGUAAAGGGUGAUGGUAGGGCCCCUCUCUCAGGCCAGUGGGUUGGCAAGGAGAACCCAGCCUCACUGAGCUGACUAAGAUGAGCAAAGAUUCAGAUACUUCCAGUCAGUGGCAGUGAUCCCCAAUGACCUCCUCCCGGGAGAUUUCUCCUAGCUUCUUCCACAGCGGCACCUAGAGCUGCUCUUGCUUGUCCUUAGCUUCCAGGUGCACAGCCGCACACAGUCACCGGCCGAGGGUUGCCAUCUACUCCCCCGUUACCUCGGGAACAAAGAAACGAAUGUGCUUUUACCUACCAACAAGCAACGUUCGCCUCUCCAGCCAGUUGAGUUUUGCAAGGCUGCGUGAGUGUUGCUGAAAGGCGCUCACCAGUGGCUCCUGUUGCCAGGGUGGUGACCUUGCAGGGCAGUAGCCCAGGGCUGAAAUGUGGGAGGAGGUAACCUUGUGUUGCUGUUCGCCAGGCUGCCCUCUCUCACUAGCUGUCUCGCUUGGUGAACCUGGGGGAGAGACCAGAACAAGCUAGACACAGGACUGUUGCACGUCAGUGGUUAUUUGGAGGCUGUUUGGAAGCCAAGGUCACUCCUGUUUGCUGGAUUUCUUGGUGCAGGACACCUGGCCACCAGGGUGGGCUGAUACCAAGAGGGUUUACUACUUAGGAAGCCGGACUCCUCCCCAGCACUGCAAAGGUGGCUUGUGUUUUGCAGUAACAGAAGAUUUGAUGAGGCAGCUUGUCUCAGUGGUGAUAUUUCUAUCACAGCUUCCCUGCCGGAGUGUGUGUCGUCUUGCUGCUUGAUUUGUAAAGGACCCUGUUGCACAAAAUAAAUCUCUCUCCUGCUGGAAUUAUAUUCCCCCUUCCCCAUCCCCCACCAAAGCCGAUAUCACUUAAGUCAGAGCUCCCUGGGUCCUUACGCUCUCCAAGCAGCAACCUCUGCCCACAGUCCAGUUGUGGCCCAUGUGGGUCUGUGGCCGUUCCCUGGUAGCCGACGUGCUGUGCACAUGUACCUUCCUGGGCAGUGCUUGGGAGCUGGAGAAAACUGUUCUGACAUCCCGAGCUGGGACCUUUCUCCCCUGACGAGACAGACCUGUGAGAGCAGAGAGAAGGGCUGCACGUGCAGUUAACCCUUUGAGUGCCGUUUGGCGUGCUGGGAGGUAGCCCUGCCUGUCGCAUUUUAAGCCCUGGGAAAGGCACUCGGUGGGUUUGGUUUUUAAAUUGGAAUAAUCAGCGCCGCGUGGUGGGGCAGCCAGGCCCAGCACUGGCCGGACGGUGCCCAGAGCUGUGAUCUCUGUCAAUGGAAUUGGAGAAUGCGCAGUGAUUUUUUUUUUUAAAGGCAGUUGGGAAUGGGGAAGUGGGGGGGCAGGUUCCCCAUUGCCUGAGCUCUGCCUUGCAACGAGCCACUGAGAGCCAGGGUCUCUCGUGUGUUGUGGAGCAGCAGUGUGCUGUGUACGUAGCUGUAAAACCAUAUGUAACCAGUAAUGUUUUUUUUAAUGUAAAGCCGUCCCUGUUUUUAGGAAGGGUGGGGAUCUGAUGGGAGAAUGGAGAGAGAAGAGUCUCGUUCUGGCCUUCUCAGGAGCCAGCCGCGUUUUCUCCUCUUCCACAAUGAGCUUAAACAGAAAAAAAUGGAAAAAAGGAAUUAACUCUUUGCCCAAAGAAUCCCAGUUGCACAAGGUGAUAUUCCAGUUGUGUCAAUGAUUGUGUGUCAAUGUAUAUUCUAUAAAAAGGUACUUGUCAUUCCCGUUUGUAAACGACAUUUGACAUUAAUUAAACGAGUAUAAAUCUU